GUGGUCCUAGUGAGCACAGAAAAAUAUGUAUGUUUACAUGUAUAUGUAUUUUUUAUAUACAUACCACCAACUGAAUGAGAUUAUGAGGAAAAGGGGAUUUCUCCACUCAUAUAUUAUAUAAUAUAUUUGAUCUAUUUAUAUGUUCUAUUUAGUUGAGCAAUGUGUGGUCUACCCAAAUACAAUAACAACUGCUUAUUUUCUGAAUUAGCAAUUAGCAACAUGAACUAUGACAUAAUUAUCGACUGCACUCUUUUUCUUAUACAGGGGCUUGUCAGCAUGUUAUUUGUUAAUACAAGCCUGGUGAAAGAAUUCAUACUUUGGGGAUUUCCUGGUGUUCCAAUCGUCCAGGAAGUUUUAUUUGUGAUACUUUUGUGUACUUAUAUAUUAACCCUUUUUACUAAUUCCCUGGUUAUAAUGAUAACUCUAAAAGAAAGUAAGCUGCAAACUCCAAUGUACUAUUUUCUUCGCAACUUCUCUUUACUAGAAAUGUGUUACGUUUCUGUGACUGUUCCGAAAAUUCUAGCUACCAUAUCUUUCCAGGGAAGGGUUAUCUCAAUUUCUAGUUGUAUCACUCAGCUAUUUUUUUUCUUUUUCCUUAGUUCCACUGAGUGUUUCCUGUUGGGUGUCAUGGCCUUUGAUCGCUAUCUGGCUGUGUGUCACCCAUUACGUUACUCAUCUUUAAUGAACCAUCCAACCUGUCAGAAACUUAUUAUAUGCUCAUGGUUUGGGGGGUUUAUUACAACUUUCCCUCCAAUUCUCUUAAUUUCUCAGCUUGAGUUUUGUAGCAGCAAUGUAAUAAACCAUUUUUUUUGUGAUGCUCCCCCUCUUUUACAACUUUCAUGCAGAGAUGCUUCUUUCAAUGAAUUCCUUGAUUUUAUUUGUGCAGCUGUAGUUAUAAUGACUUCAUUUACUGUCACUUUGAUGUCUUAUUUUUACAUUAUUAUCACAGUACUGAAAAUCCCCACUAAAAUUGGAAGAAGAAAAGUAUUUUCCACCUGUGGUUCACAUCUAAUUGUUGUCCUUGUGUACUACAGUUCUGUAAUUUUCAUAUAUGUUAGACCAAAGGGUGGCUUCACCUUUAGUCUUAAUCGAACAGUAGCAGUAUUUUACACUGUUUUAAUACCCAUUCUUAAUCCAAUAAUAUAUUGCCUAAGGAAUAAGGAGGUAAAAGUAGCAAUAAAGAGACUGCUAUCCUUUCAGUCUACCUGACAAUAAAUAAAUGAUUUGCUGUUAUUGUUUUGUCUUUGAAAUUGGGAACCUCAAUGAAUUUAAUUUCUAAAGCAUGUAAAAAUGCAACAAUUAA